AUGUGGGUUCUUAAUAUCCUUAGCUCAGCUCGAAUUUCUGUCAUGAUUAAUGGCUGCCCUGAAGGUUAUUUCAGUAUUACUAGAGGUCUGCGUCAUGGUGAUUCUCUCUCACCUUUGAUCUUUGUUCUUAUUGAAGAUGUUUUAAGUCGCAAUCUUUCCAAGUUGUUUGCAAAUAAUAGUAUGAAUGUUAUGGUUAGUAAAAAAGGAGUGGCGCCUACUCACUUACUUUUCGCGGAUGAUAUCCUUAUUUUCUGCAAAGGAAAUCUUCAUAGUUUGCAAAAUUUGAAGAAUAUGCUUGUUUUGUAUGAAUGUGCGUCUGGUCAGUGCGUAAACUAUGCAAAGAGCAAGUUUUAUUUUGGAGGUGAUAGAAUUUCUCGUGCUAUUGCUAUUUCUAACUAUUUCGGUAUGGAGAGAGCUAUGUUUCCGGAUAAAUACUUAGGUAUUCAAUUGAAACCUGGAAUUGUUCGGCAUAUUCACGUUCGCCAAGUGGUUGAGAAGAUUAUGGACAAGUUGGCUGGCUGGAAAGUGAUUUCUAGUUAUGUUAUUCAUUCUAUGGCUGUUUGUAAGUGGCCAUGCACGGUUAUUAAGCAAGUUGAGAGGCCCAUUAGAAAUUUUCUUUGGUCCGGGGAUGCUGAGAAACGUAAAUAUUUUACGGUUCUAUAUGAUGAUCCAUGCCUCUCAAAGCGUGAAGGUGGUCUUGGCAUUAAGAAGUUAAAUGAUGUUAAUAUGGCUAUGCUAAUGAAGCUUUGGAUUUCUAUUCGGGAUUCAAACAAGAUUUGGGCCAGAUUUUUGAAGGCCAAAUACUUUAAGAUCAAUGGUAAUCUGAUAAAUUAUAAGUUGGGUUCUUCGUGUGGUGAUUUUUCUAUUGCGCAAAGACUUGGCAUCACUUCCAAAGGCCCUAAUGAUUUUAAGGCUAAAGUAAGUGAUAUCAUUUUUUAUGGUGCUUGGGUUAUUCCUGAAAAAACAAGAGAUUUGAUGAUUCGUUGUAAUAUCGAUGUGGAAAACUUGCCGGUUAUUGCUGGUGGUGAGGAUUAUAAAAUUUGGGAUUUAGAUAGCAAAGGCGUUUUUUCAGUUAAGUCGGCUAAGGCCGCUCUUAAGAUGCGGGCAGAAGUUGUUCCUUGUGCAAAUAUAGUUGCUAGGAGGAUUUGGGCUUGGGUGGCUGGAAUUUUCAAGCUGGAUCCAAAUGAGGACCUGGUGGACUCGUAUAAGGCUGCUAAGGGUCGAAGUAGAAUGAUAAAGGACCCGUGGUUGGUUGCAAAUCUUGCAAUUGUCACGGAGUUAUGGAAGUUACGUAACAAGUCUUAUUUUGAGAAUAUGGUCGUUCAAUGGCUGGGCUUUAAAGGGAGAGUUUAUCAGGUUAUUCGUGAUAAUUCAAUUAGAAUGACAGGCCACGUGCAUAAUACUUUAGAGGAAUUACGCAUUCUGAAUUAUUUCAAAGUGCGACAUAGAUCAUGCAAAACGUCUACUCCAAUUGAGAUUAGUUGGACUCCUCCUAAUCAAGAUGAAAUCAUGAUCUGUUGUGAUGGUGCUUCUUUCGGAAACCCAGGCCAAGCUGGUUCAGGUGUUGUUUUCCGUGAUGCAAGUUCGGAAGUGCUUGGUGUUCUCUGUGUUGGACUUGGUUGGAAAACAAAUUUCUACGCGGAAGUUUGUGCGAUUAUAUAUGGUGCGAUUAUGGCUAAGAGAUGGAAUCUGCGGAGUAUUUGCAUUCGUUCUGAUUCGAAGAGUUGCAUUCAAGCUUUUCAAAAGGAUGAGCUGCCUUGGCAGCUGGUGCAGAAGUGGAAAAUUGCGAAGUCUUUCUACACCAAUGUUCGUUAUAUUCAUAGCUAUAGGGAGGUUAACUUUUCAGUUGAUGCCUCAUCCAAGCAAGCCCGUUUGCUGGCUGAGGAUAUUUUUGAGUUUUUGAGGGUAGGCCAGGUUUUAUUCCAUCUGUGGAAUGGCCUGGAAGGGUUUAUUAUCGUUUCAAAUAGGAUUUCCAGUGAGUGGCCUAGCGGCUAG